AUGUCUAUCCAACAGCCCACGAAAGUCUCCAUACCAGACUCGCUCCAGCAAGUCACCCGCCACUGGGCUCCUAAGCGAGUGGCCUCGCUCAACGAUGCGUACGAUGUGAGAAUUGUGAAAGUGGCUGGGGAAUUCGUUUGGCACAGCCAUACCGACACGGAUGAGCUCUUUUACAUUCUGUCAGGGGAUCUUACUAUCCAACUACGCGAACCGGGCAAUGAGCAAACGAAGGAUCUACGGGACAUCCAACUUAGUGCCGGCGAGAUGGUGGUCAUCCCUAAAGGCGUACGACAUCGACCAGUCACGACUGGCCAGGAGUGUGCUAUCAUGGUUCUAGAGCCAUCGAAUGUCGUCAACACGGGGGAUGCGACGGACACAAGGGGACUCAAGAACGCAGUGGAAUGA